UGUUUUUUGCAUAGGAACUGUUCGGUUUAAAAUUUUUUUAAAUUUUUAUCUAAGAAAAAAAAGAAAAAAUGCGUUUGGUUGAAUUUUAUUUAAGGGAAUGUCUCAGCAUUGCAUCGCUACAUUUGGUUUUAUCGGUUGUAUGUCCGACAAAUAAACUAUGUCGACCGGCACAGUUGACAGCAUCAAUCACAACAUUAAGCAGUUAUGUAAGUACAAAUCGGAUGCCGUUUACUCUUUUAAACAGUUCUGCUCUUCAAAUAACAACAGCGAAAAAUGACGAGCAUUGCCUCCAGAAAUGCUAUGCCUUAUCAACUUGCGUUUCUAUUAAUGUUUUAAGUAACAUCUCUGCAAAUAUGGAAAUAGAAUGUCAACUUCUUGGUGAACAAUCUUACUCGAAUAAAAACAAACUUGUUUAUCAAGCAAAUUCAACCCACUAUACAACACUGAACGCAGGUUGUGAGAAAGAUUUAUGUUUGAACAAUUCAACGUGUGUACCAAACUAUAAAGACGAUAGCAGCACUUGCACAUGUCUUUCUUCAAAUUUUGAUGGGACAUUUUGUGAACGAGAACUUAAGGUUGUGUUGCUAAGAUACAAUAGACAGUAUAACUAUGGAUAUGCAGUUCAAGCUUUUAUCCAAGAAACAACUUUUAAACAGAAACCAUGGUUGGCAAGCACUACGUGUUUGUUAACAUUUAACGAUGGAAGUACUAUAAGUGGCAAUCUGGGAGGUCAAGCGUUCGCUUACUUUGUUCCACCAGAAACUGGAACAUAUUAUUUUACUAUUUAUUGCUCAUACUACUGCGUACUAUACAUUUCGACGGUUGGGAAACAAGACAGGCGGAUGUAUCUUAGGGAUCCAUCUGUUAAAAGUCCUGGAGUACUUAUAGAAAAAAACGAAAAAAAAUUUCUGGAAAUGUUGAUUACUAUUCCACCAAAUGGUAAUAAUGUUGGGUAUAGUACUGGAUUUACAUUGGCUGUUACUUUUCCAAAUGGAACGAUAUCUAAUCCAGUUGACAACCAAUAUUUAGCAUCAAGAGUUUAAAAACUAGAUAAAUGCUGACAAAUUUCCAAUAUUUACCUGGUUCGAUAUUUUAAUAUUAGAAACAAUACAUUAGAGUGGAUUUACUUUACGUAGGAUCCGUGGUCGUGCUUACUUGGGUCGUGCUCGUGUGUUUACAAUUUAAAAAAAUGUAUAGUAAUAAGUAAAAACAAGAUUUUAGAGAAACUUGAUUCACAAAGAUAUAAUUUGAGAAAAAAGUGAUUUGAGAGGAACGUUGAUUAAAACUUUAUAAGAAUAUUUAUUUGUAAGAUAAGUGAUUUAACAAAAUUUAAAUAAAAACAAACAAACAAACGAAAACAAAAACAAAAAAAAAAAAACAAAAACAAAAAAAACAACACGCGUCAAGUGUUUAAAGAGCUUAAUGUGUAAUUUGUAACUUUUUUUUUCAAGUUAAUUCGACUCUAUGGUUAAACAGCGACUAAUGUAUAUUAGAAUUUCACUUUUUAUUGAACUGUUAUAACCAGAAACUUUAUACUUA